AUGAAAAAUAUUUCAAGGUUAAAUAGAUAUUCCUUUGUCUUUUAUGCCGCAGUUGUUUUUGUUUUCAUAUCAUACGAAUUGCUUUCCUUUAUCAGCCCUAGAAUAAAAUUUGAUUCUGAUAUAAAUUCAACAAUUAGCCAAACAAAUAGAUUUAAGCGACCAGAUAAGUAUGAACUUCUCACAGAUAGGCCGCAAGCAUCUGAAAUCAUAUUACCAUACAAUAAACGCCAAUAUUUAACAAAUCCCUUGUAUGAACGAACAUUUCCAUUAAUAAAAGAGAACAAUGAAAAAGCCCAAGCUAUUAAAGAAGCAUUUUUGCAUGGAUGGAAUGCAUACAAAACUCGUUGUUGGGGUGAAGAUGAAUAUGUUCCCCACAGCGACAGCUGCAGCUCUACUCUCCAUGCUGCAUUAACAAUAGUUGAUUCACUCUCUACUCUUUAUCUGAUGAAUCUGACAGAAGAAUACCAAAGAGCACGCGAUUAUAUUCAAAACGAUUUUAAACCAUCCGGAAGUUGGAGUUUAUUCGAAUUUCUCAUUCGGUUCGUUGGUGGAUUUGUUUCUAUGUACGAAUUAUCUCUUGACAAGCUCUAUUUAGACAAAGCUGUCGAAUGUGCCGACGCCGUCUAUCCUCUUAUGGAAUCAGGCAUUUUUGGCGGCGGUGUUAAACUAGGAAUCGAUCAGAAUGGGAAAAUUAAAGCAUCGUACAGUUCAGGCGGCGGUAGAUCUGUUGCUGAUUCAAAUACUUACCAACUUGAGUUCAUUUCUCUUUCAAUGCUCACUGGAGAUCCCAAGUACAUUGACUUAGCAAUGAAAACAUACAAAAAUAUGUGGGAACGCUACAAAAACAGAGGAUUAAUUUCAGAUAGUUUCAGCGGAAGCAAUCUCCACGUUGGAGGAGGUAUAGAUUCAUACUACGAAUAUAUCAUAAAGAUAUACGUGAUGACACGAGGCGUUGCCCGGCCAUUCCUCGACAAAUAUCUACAAAUUGUCAAAGAUAUCAAGGAAAAGAUCGUCGUCCACUCAAAGAAGUCGAACUACACUGGCCUCGGCGUGUACUCAGGCGGUUCAGUCAAUCCGAUGCAGGAGCACCUCGGCACAUUCGCCGGCGGAAUGAUUGCGGUCGGAACUGUAAAAGAGAAUCCGCACGCAGCUGAAGACUUGCAGCUCGCGGACGAUCUAACAACAGGGUACGCGAAGGCUUACGAGUUCACGCAGACAGGCGUAGGGCCAGAGCGCGUGAGGUUUUCGAACAAAGAAGGGAAAGAUUUCGAGAUAGAAAAUCCAGUUUACAUGCUGAGGCCGGAAUCAUGCGAGAGUGUUUACGUGAUGUGGAAAUUCACUGGACUUCCAAAAUUUAGGAUGUACGCUUGGAACAUGUUCUCUGGAAUAAAUAAAUACGCAAGGAAGAGCAAGGGAUUCGGACAUAUAAGGGAUGUUAACAAUGCAAAUGACACUCGCUCCUACGGCAACCAGGAAAGUUUCUUCUUCGCAGAGACAUUGAAAUACCUUUACCUGACAUUUGCUGAUACUUCACUCAUUUCGCCCGCUCAAUGGGUGUUCAACACAGAAGGACACCCACUCAGGCACUUCACAGAAGAAGAAGUGCAGAAAUGGAAGGACAAACUUAACUUCAAAUAA